AUGGCGGUUGUUUACUUAGCAAUUCACAGCGUCAUUUGAGAUAUUUAAAGUUAAUUAUUGUUAUAAUUCAAGAAAUGGUACAAACUUGUGUAGUACGUGGUUGCGGCAGUAGUUGGUGUCCAGGAUGUGAUAUAAGAUUUCACACACAACAAGUGCAUUACAUGAAGAGUCUAUUGUGCAUAUAGCUGCUCUCCCUGUACCAAGCACUGGUUCUGGCAUUUAUGAAAGUAGUUCUGCACUUAAGGAAACAGAAGUGAAAUAUACUGGCUGUUAUAUUGAAGACCAAACUAGUAAAAAACAAUGUCAAAAAAUUCUUGAAAAUUUAUGCAAUCUUAACAAAUUACCUGAGUUUCUGAAAGCACAAUUCGGCGCAUAGUGGACGAAGGUAUGAAGAAUGGAGGUAAAUUCCUCACGCCUGGAAAACACAGGCAUGGCCGACCUAAGAAACAGAUUGAUGAUUUCGAUCUACUACGCGUUCAUUUCGAGUUUGCCGUCGUCGACCGUUACGACGUCACAGCUGACGGUACCGUAGACGAAAAAAGUCAUGCUUAUGUUUUUGAACUCUUUGUGGCUAUUUUCCUUUUUCUCGGUGACGUCAAUUUUAUUUCUUGUGUACUUGAAGUACUGGGCUCAGGUGAGCUCGUUUUAAUUUUUUUUGCUUCAGUCUUUAUAUUCCUUAAAGUACGUUCAGAUAUACCAGUGGCGGCCGCAGUUCUCUUGAUAACGUUAUCAAAUAAUUUUAAUAGCGCCUGGUACUUCUUUUCAUUUUCCAACAAAUUAAUUUCUAUUUCCGACGGUGCAUCGGGCUGAGUGGGCAGUGUGCUGGCACAAGUAUCACGUGAGUUUUCAUUUUUCAACCUUUUCUUGUUUAAAGAAUGUCAUUAUCUUAUAUAAUAAAUUGCGUUCGCCACUGUGCAAGACCUUUCCUCUUUUACUCAUUAUAACAAAACAAAUUAACGAAUAUCAACAGAAACAAAAACAAUCAACAGUAACAAAAACAACAGCAAAAACAGUAACAAACUAGAGAACGUACGGGAGCAUAAAAAACGGACGUAAGUACACUUCGACGUUGCUAUCGGUACUAAAAGGGCGACGCUUGAGGCGCGGAAUGAGGGGGCGCGGCGGGAGGUAACGGCAUUCUUGAAGUGAACGACUAGUAUGUUGCAUUCGUCAAAAAGUUCAUUUUUUCUACACAGUGUAGAAAGAAGUGCCUACACUAAGAAAACUAUUGGCAGUGGUGACGGAAGAAUAAAAUUUUGAUGGCAGCCAUGAAUUUUUAAGACAAGUUUAAUUUCUAUUGGCUUUAAAUUUAAGAAAUGCUAAGCAAACAGACUGGCUCUCAUAGAAAAACCAGUUAUUGCUUCAAAAUAUGAGUAUUAUUUAAAGCACAUCCUUGAAAACAGAAGAUUGCCCAAGGAACUCCCAAAAAAACAUUAUUUAUUUGGACGACAGCUAUAUACACGAGUCCUACAAUGUAACUAAAUGUUGGCAGUCUAUUAAUAUUUUUGGUGUCCAACAAGAUGUAUCUAAAGGGAAAAGGUGGAUAAUUGUGCAUUCUGGAUAAGUGAAAAUGGUUUUGUGCUUAAUGCACUAUUAAUAUUUACUGAUAAAAACAAGCAAGAUGAUUACCAUUCUGAGAUGCACGCCCAUAAUUUUAAAAAUGGGUAACUGAAAAUUUAGUGCCCAAUAUAACUAACUGAGCCAUCAAUAAUUGUGAUGGAUAAUGCACCAUACCACUCCAUUAUAACAAACAAGGCACCUACAUCUACAUCAAUAGUUGAUGAAAUCAAAUUGUGGCUACUGGAAGAUAUUCCAUUUGAUGAAACGUUGCACAAACCAUCAUUAUUGAUGCUUGUUAAAAAACAUAAACCUGAACCUGUGUAGUAUAUCGAUGAACUCCUAGGGGAAUACAUGGACGUAUAGUGGUAAGACUACCAAUCUAUCACUGUGCGGUAGCGAAGCCUCCAUAGAAGCUGAGAAACCAGGCUUGCCCUAUCAAACUGCUCGAUCAAUAAAUAUCAACUAAUAAAAUAACUCGUAAACUAUUUCAAACUAAUGAUUUGUAUUUAUACGAACACUAAAAAUUGAAUAAAUUAUUUUUU